AGGUACCUGAGGACAUUAUUACAUUCUAACACCACACAUUCCUCUGUUAUUUCUUUAUCUUUGUUUUCUUAUUCUUCUUCUUCUUCUUCAAUGCAACUCUAUUCUGUUCGGUGACACAACAUACAUCACUCUGAAGAACAUAGCACGCGUGGCCCCUUUCUUUCUCUCUCUCUCUCUUCAACAACUCUGCUCUCAGAACAGAUACAGUUUCCACUGAGUAAAUCGCAAUGCAGGUAACUGAGACGAGGACUGUUCAAGUUAAGCAGCUUUCAGAUCUAGCUGGUGUAAGAGAGAUUCACGAGUUCUUCUCCUUUUCUGGAGAAAUCGAGCAUGUUGAGAUCCUGAGUGAAGAUGGGAAAUCAAAGACUGCAUAUGUGACAUUUAAAGAUCCCAAAGCACUUGAAAUUGCAUUAUUAUUAUCGGGAGCAACAAUAGUAGACCAGGUUGUGAAGAUAACUCCAGCUGAGAACUAUGUACCAAAUCGUGAGAUGCAGGAAGUAAGAGUGGUGGAAAAUGCUAUAAAUGUUGUUCCUUCUGAGAAUUCUGAGAACGUCUCCUCAAAUAUUGAGGAGGGGAUAGCCAGCCCCACCAAUAGAAGAAUCUACCUUAGUAGAGCACAAGAUGCAGUUACAAAUAUGCUGGCGAAAGGUUCAGCAAUAAGACAAGAUGCAGUGAACAAAGCUAAAGCAUUUGAUGAAAAGCAUCAAUUGACUGCCAAUGCAUCUGCAAAGGUCAUUUCUUUUGACAAGAGAGUUGGACUGACGGAGAAAUUGACAGUAGGCAUCGCUGCAAUGAACCAGAAAGUCAAGUCUGUGGAUCAGAGGCUUCAGGUGUCAGAUAAAACAAUGGCAGCAAUAAUUGCAGCUGAGAGGAAGAUAAAUGACACUGGAUCAGCUGUCAAAACAAGCAGAUAUGUGACUGCUGGAACAGCAUGGUUCAAUGGUGCUUUUAGCAAGGUGGCAAAGGCUGGACAUGUUGCAAGUUCUAAAACUAGAGAAAAAUUUCAUUUGGCUGUUUCAAACUUGACAUCAAAGGAACCGUCAGUGGCUGCUGCAUAGGCCACAAUUUUUGGUAAUCAAAGUCACUUCAUCAGGACAUUCAGAACACGUGUUUGAAACUAUUUGGUCUUUCUGAGCAUGUGCUGCUUGCUUCCUCUCCAACGGUUAGAUGCAUGUGGCAAGUGCGGUGAUUCAAUUUAAUCCUAUUUUUUGUAUUCUUUUGUCACUCUGGUGUUUUAGUUGUUACUUCCAUAUAAUUUAGCAAGAGUGAUUUUGGUUUCUUCUUUUUUUCCCUUUUGUGAAAAGGAAAUUUAUAGGUGUGAUGCUACUGCAUUUCUUUUGUCAAAGUUCAGAAAAAUUGUUGUGCAUGUAUAACUUGACAUAUUGUUCCAAAGAUUUCUGUGGGAAAUUAUCAUCUUGCAGACUACAAAAUUUCAUUUCUUAGCUGAUGCUAUUGAUUGAAAUUGUAAAGAAUUGUGUUGUGUUAGCUCCAA